UUAAAAAAAAACAUUCAAAUUGCCUUAAUAUUGAGGUUAUUUCGAUAGUGAACGUGCUAUGAUGACACAUAUAGUGGACCGGAGGAAGUAGAUUUCAAGUAACACGAAGUAGGAAAAACGGUACUAGUAAGAAAAGCAAACAGUAGAUUUCCAUUAUGGUUUCGGUACAAAUUCUGAAGUCUCACAUCUCGUCAAAAAUAAUACGAUGAAUAAUGAAAAAUGGGAACCUCUAAAACAGUGCAAUGGCAGUGAACAUGAAAAUGCUAGCUCCAAAGAUUCUUUGUCACUGGGGGAUCGGAAACGACAACAGAAAGAAAGGCUAAGGAGCUCGUCAUUUAGCGAUUCCCUGGACGAUAUAAGUUCCGAUGAGGACAAAGAAGAUCACCGAUGUCGUCGCCUACGACGAUUGGGUCGCUCAUCCCCCGCUAACAGCAACGAAACCAGAGCCGUUGCCGUCACAAGAGAAGUUCAGAUUCCAGAUCAAAUCCGCGUAAGCCGCUCACUCCGCGUCCCCGAAUUUGGGCCCAAAAUUCUUUUCUUUUCGGGAGGAACUGCGAUCAAAGAGCUGAGUGCCUGCCUUACCAACUACACACACAAUAGCAUACAUUUGAUCACACCGUUCGAUUCGGGCGGGUCGUCAGCGGAAAUCCGGCGGGGCUUCAACAUGCUAUCGGUCGGAGACAUUCGAAAUAGAUUACUUGCAUUAUCUGAUAGGAAUGAGUCGACUACGAGAAACAAUCCGCAAGUCAUAGAGCUUUUUGCCCACAGACUGGUCAAAACGGAAGGUCUAGAAGCUGCUGAGAAUGAAUAUUUGUCGAUUUUGGAUGGAAAGCAUCCCCUGAUUCGGGCUGUUGAGUUGCCAAUGCGAAGCAUAUUGCAGAACCAUUUGCGCUGGUUCAGCGAUCGGAUGCCCAACGAUUUUGAUCUACAGGGUGCUUCGAUUGGAAAUCUCAUAAUUACAGGAUGUUUUCUCGAACACAAUCGGGAUAUUGUCACAGCUAUAUUCAUUGUUACGAAAUUUUUGGGUGUGAAAGGGUUUUGUCGUCCGCUCACCGCAGCGAAUCUGCACAUACGGACGUUGUAUGCCGACGGCAGGGAAGUAGUUGGACAGCAUCUGAUGAACCAAGCGCCCAAAUCACCAUCUACGAUGACGAAGUCAGAGAAACAGCUUUCUUCUAAUGACUCCUUGAGUAAUAAAAUCAUGCGGAUCGACCUGGUCCAAGAAUUAAACCCCAGAUCCGGUGCUGGUCGCCAAGAAUCCCAAUCGUGCCACAUCGAUAUUCUAUCUUCUGAUUUCGUCUCUUCCGCAGCGGAUCUUAUUUGUUUUCCAAUGGGUUCCUUCUUUGGUAGUAUAAUUGUUAAUUUACUUCCCGUUGGUGUUGGCAAGGCAAUCACCGAACGGCGAUGUCCGAAGGUUUACAUACCAAACACUGGGUUCGAUCCCGAGAUGAAUGGUUGGACCCUUGUCGAGUGUGUUUCUUUGAUUAUUAACAUGGUCCGUGCAGAUCUACGUCACAAUUACAACGAAAAAGGCGAACCCGAGAACGUUGUUAUUCCUGUCGACGACAUUUUGAAUUUUGUUUUGCUAGAUACCACAAACUGCGAAUAUUCUGUACCGGUCGACAAGGUGGCAAUCGAAAAACUUGGAGUGACUGUGAUCGAUGUGACCUUGGUGGAAGACAACAAGUGCAAUCGCGUUGACAAUGCUAAAAGUCACUCAAAUGGCAAAAGCAAGAUUCUGAAUCCUGUAAAGGUUUCGGAAGUAUUAAUAUCACUUUCAAGUUAAUUCUUACAUAACUAUGAAAGUGGUUGUCAUUCUAACCGCAUGUACCAUCAGCAAAUUCUAAAAAGAUGUUUCCAUAUUCCAAGAACCAUUCUGUGUAUUUUAUUCUUUGCAAGGAAACUCUGCUACUGAGCUCACCCAUCCAUGACUUUACUCACCGUUGUCCAAAAUAAACUCCAUCUACUAGUACUACUACUAUUACUCACUAUUCAUACCGUGCCUAAAAAGGAAGAAGGGAUCUAAAAAAGAGGAAGAAGAGGACGCCUCCCCUGCUAAUAUUCAGACUGUGAAGCAAAGCAUUCAGGACGUUAAAUUGAAGCAAAAAAUACAGUACUCAUUU